GUGUUGCAUACUUUCUAAGGCGGCCGGAGGCAUCGGCAGCUCCAUCCAGCCCACCGGCUCCUCCUCCUCGGCAUGGCUGGCUACCUGAGUGAAACGGACUUUGUGAUGGUGGAGGAGGGCUUCAGCACCCGAGACCUGCUGGAGGAGCUCACUCUGGGGGCCUCACAGGCCACCACGGACAAGGUUGCUGCCUUCUUCUUGGCCGACCUGGGUGCUGUAGUGAGGAAGCACUUCUACUUUCUGAAGUGCCUGCCACGAGUCCGACCCUUUUACGCUGUCAAGUGCAACAGCAGCCCAGGCGUGCUGAAGGUCCUGGCUGAGCUGGGGCUGGGCUUCAGCUGUGCCAAUAAGGCAGAGAUGGAGUUGGUCCAGCAUAUUGGUGUCCCCACCAGUAAGAUCAUCUACGCCAACCCCUGUAAGCAAAUUGCACAGAUCAAGUAUGCUGCCAAGCAUGGGGUCCAGCUGCUGAGCUUUGACAACGAGAUGGAGCUGGCAAAGGUGGUAAAAAGCCACCCCAGUGCCAAGAUGGUUCGCAUUGCCACCGAUGACUCCCACUCCCUGAGCCACCUGAGCUUCAAGUUUGGGGCGUCACUGAAAUCCUGCAGACACCUGCUUGAAAAUGCCAAGAACCACAUGGAGGUGGUGGGUGUGAGUUUUCACAUUGGCAGUGGCUGUCCUGACCCUCAGGCCUACGCUCAGUCCAUUGCAGAUGCCCGGCUUGUGUUUGAAAUGGGUGCUGAGCUGGGCCACAGGAUGCACAUCCUGGACCUCGGCGGCGGCUUCCCUGGAGUGGAGGGGGCCAAAGUGAGAUUCGAAGAGAUUGCUUCUGUGAUCAACUCAGCCUUGGACCUGUACUUCCCAGAGGGCUGUGGUAUAGACAUCCUUGCCAAGCUGGGGCGCUACUACGUGACCUCGGCUUUCACCUUGGCAGUCAGCAUCAUCGCCAAGAAGGAGGUUCUUCUGGACCAGCCUGGCAGGGAGGAGGAAACCGGUUCCGCCCCCAAGACCAUCGUGUACCACCUCGGUGAGGGCGUGUACGGAAUCUUCAACUCAGUCCUGUUUGACAACACCUGCCCUACCCCUGUCCUGCCGAAGAAACCAUCCCCGGAGCAGCCUCUGUACAGCAGCAGCCUCUGGGGCCCGGUGGUCGAUGGCUGUGACUGCGUAGCUGAGGGCCUGUGGCUGCCAUCACUACAUGUAGGGGACUGGCUGGUCUUUGAGAACAUGGGCGCCUACACCGUGGGCAUGGGUUCCCUCCUCGGGGGGACCCAGACCUGCCGCAUCACCUAUGCCAUGUCCCGGGUGGCCUGGGAAGCCCUGCGAGGGCAGCUGCUGCCUGCAGAACAGGACGAGGACACCGAGGGCAUGUGCAAGCCUCUGUCCUGUGGCUGGGAGAUCACAGACACCUUGUGCAUGGGCCCUGUCUUCACUCCGGCGAGCAUCAUGUGAGCAGGCCCCGUUCCCCUCUGGAGAACCCCAGCGGGGCUGCAGAGAUGCCUCUGGGAGAGGUGGGGAAGGUGGCGAGCAGGGGCAACCUCUGGCCAGGACUCUGGUGCUCGCUCUGCUGCCCCCCACGCUCCGCCUGUAGUGUUUCUGCCCUGUAAAUAGGACCAGUCUUACACUCGCUGUAGUUCAAGUAUGCAACAUAAACCCUGUCCCUUCCAGCUGUGUCUGCCUCCUCUGCAGCGCAAGGGGCCUGGUCAGCCAGGUGUGGGGGUGUAGUUGGGGGUUUCCCGUGGUCUCCUUCCCCCUCUUUGUAAAUAUGAAACAAAUAAAUAUUUAGGUUUUUUAAU